GGGCUACGGCGCUGGGACGGACAGAGGGACGGAGGACGCAGGACAGACCGGGCGGGGCCGGCGCGGGCGCGGACGUGGGCGCGGCGGCUCAGGCUCCGAUGGUGGAGGGUCGCCCCGGGAGGCAGCGGCAAUGUGGGGGUGACCGUCAGCGCGCGUUCGAGGAGCCCGUGAGAGCAGAGGGGACCUGGGCCAGGUGGACGUCUGUCGGCUGGCAGGGCGACACAGGGGUUCGGAAUGGAAGCAGAAGGCUUGGAUUGGCUUUUGGUCCCCUUGCACCAGCUGGUUUCCUGGGGGGCAGCUGGGGCCAUGGUCUUCGGAGGGGUGGUGCCGUAUAUCCCCCAGUACAGGGACAUCCGGAGGACUCAGAAUGCAGAGGGCUUCUCUACCUACGUGUGUCUGGUGCUCCUGGUGGCUAAUAUUUUACGGAUCCUCUUCUGGUUUGGAAGGCAUUUUGAGUCACCGCUCCUCUGGCAGAGCAUAGUCAUGAUCUUGACCAUGUUACUGAUGUUGAAGCUCUGCACUGAAGUCCGCGUGACAAAUGAGCUGAACGUAAAACGCCGUUUCUUUGCAGCUGCAGAUAAUAAGGAUGAAGAAAUCAAGGUCCCCCCCAGGCGGUCGUAUCUGGACUUUGACCCUCACCACUUCUGGCACUGGAGCAGCUUUGGGGACUACGUGCAGUGUGUCCUGGCCUUCACGGGCGUGGCGGGCUACGUCACAUACCUGUCCAUCAACUCAGUCCUGUUUGUGGAGACCCUGGGCUUCCUGGCUGUGCUGACCGAGGCCACGCUGGGUGUCCCCCAGCUCUACCGCAACUACCUCCACCAGUCCACUGAGGGGAUGAGCAUCAAGAUGGUGCUCAUGUGGACCAGCGGUGACACCUUCAAGACGGCCUACUUCUUGCUGAACGGCGCCCCCCUGCAAUUCUCCGUGUGUGGCCUGCUGCAGGUGCUGGUGGACCUGGCCAUCCUGGGACAGGCCUAUGCCUUCGCCCGCCACCCCCAGAAGCCAGCCCCCCAUGUGGCGCACCCUGCCAGUGCCAAGGCCCUUUGAGGUGGCAGGGAGGACAUGGACAUGUGGCCUCCUGCCGUGGGCGCUGCCCGGCCGCCUGUCCUCCCUGUCUGGGGCAGGCAGGCACCGGGGCCCAACAGGGUGUCUUGGCUGUGGGUCUGGGAUGGGCCGGUGGGGGGCCUGAGUGCCCACGUUUGUGCUCAUACCUGAGGACGAGUGCAAGUGGGCUUUAUACCUGAGGGCUGGGCGGCGGCUAUUUUUCGGGUGAUGGAAAAGCAAGUGUUCUCUUCCUUCCUCUCAAAAAACACCUGUCUGGAACUUGGAAUAUGCUCACAGACCCAGGAAAAGACAGACUUAGGGCUGCUACGGGAUGGAGGGCACCAGGAAUCCCCCUCCAGGUGUCAGCGUGCAGGGGCCCCCGGGGCCUGCAGCCUGGCUCUCGGCGACCCUCGGCAUGGGUGGGAUUGGGGAGCAAGAGUGAACAAUGGCACCCGGAGAACCCGUGGUCCUGGCGCACAGAGCCUGGUCUCAGAAUGGCCCAAAUGUGGGCGCCCUGGUGACAACAUGUACGCGAGGGUGACUCAGGACAGGGCCCGGGCACAGAGGGUGUGGCUGGGGUUUUGUAUGCGCCUAAUGCUCGUGGAAAGGAAGCUGCGAGGACGCACAUUACAAGUGCUCUUGUUUAUCUGGUCGGAGUUGGCCUUGUCCGGGUCACCUUCAGUGCAGCCGCCUCACAGGACUCAGGACUUGGCCCUCAGCUUGGCAGUGGCGCCCAGAGGUGUCCUGUGCCCCCUAUGCCUCAUUUCUGCAUUGGCCUCCUCCUGGGAGAUGCUGGCGUGGACCCCACUGGCAGCGAGGGGGCAAGCCUGUGUCCAUGCCAGCUGGGCCCUGGCCAGAGUGAGCUCGGGUGCUGGCACCAGAGUCUAGAGGUCCCCACGAGUCCUAGGGGUGUGGUGGGGGGCAGGUUGUCCCUGUGUGCUCCCAGGAAAGCCAGGGGCCUGGGACCAGGUCUGGGUAGAUACCUCCAUCCCCCGAGCAUGGCCGCACUUGUGGGGCGUUCCCCCUGGAUUCUGGGAAUUGCAUGCACCUGCAGCGUACAGCUUUCGACGUCCGUCUUCCGGGACAGGGAGAUGGCCUGCUGGUCAGGAGAGGGGACACGUGAGGCAGGUGUCCCCACACUCCUCUCGGGCCUGGGGUGAUGUUCCAAGGUGGGGGGCUGUGGCCAGGCAUGGGCAUCUCUGGUCACCCUGUAUCUUUCCCCCUCUGUUUUACAGGAGCAUGUCAGCCAUGCCCAGCAGCCCUGGGCAAGCUCCCAGGCCCCCAGCGUCUGAGGGUUCUAGCAGCUUCUGUGUGGCUCUCUCUCUGCAGGGCGGAGGGGCAGCUCUGGGGCGGGUUCACACGGGCCGUGCCAAAGCUCUAGUGGUGUCUGCUCUUCAGAGCUGUUUCCUCCUCCUGAGUUUUCCUCAAAAACUCCUGAAUGUUUGGGUGAGGGUCCUGCUUAGUUUGGGCUGUAAGAUGCUUUGGCAAUGUUUACUUUUUAAACAGGACGCGGGGUGUCUGUAGCAGUAAAUGACUCCAGAUGAAAGCGUCUCCGACUACAGCAGUGAGGCAUCUGCCCAGUGUGAGGGGCACUCAGUUGUCAGGACGCUGCCUUUAACUCAAUAAACUCUCGCGAUCCAGUGUG